GUUUUUUUUUUGUUCAUUAAUUAAUUUGACGGAUCUUAAUUAUAUUUUCUGCCAAAGAUUUCUUUAAAAUAAAUUAAGAAUAUAGAAAUUGUGUUUACCUACCACCUAGAGCAACUCCAACAGUGUAAAAUUAGGACUAGCUUGCAAUUUAUGAAACUAAUAAAUAAUUAGCUUAACCAUUGGAAUUGCAUUACCAAAUUAGCUGGACAAAGCUAUUCGCUUAGCUAAGCUAAUUAGCUUAGCAAAUUGUGGGAAUUAAAAAAAAUUAAAAAAAUUAUUGAAAAUUAAGCCCUAAUGACGUGGCAUAAUUAACCCGCCAAACUCUAUCCACUCUAUUAAUCGACCCCUUAUUCCGCCAAACUCAUAAUAACAAGUCCUUCUAAGCAACUAACUGCACGCACAACCGCACGAUCAUCCAAUUAAUCAUGCAAUCUCAACCGUCCAUUACUUUUCUUGAUCCACUAUAUAUAUCUGAUACUUUUACCCGUUUUCUUAGUUCUGAUUCCUUUUCUCUCUCCUCUUAACCAUGUCUUCUUCUCUUCGAUCAGAUUUCUACAAACAAUUUUUUGUUCUUCGAAUCAAUCAAUUAAUCGCUCUUCAAAUUUAUUGAUAGUUUUGUUCAAUGAUUUAUUUGAUUUGCGUCGAUUCGCGUUAAUUCUUCACUUUUUGCAGAUUUGAUCGAUUACGGAGGACUUUUGCAGUACUCUGACGUGAGGACGAGUGGUUUGGCUGAUUUUCAGAUGGUCUGCACGGUUCAGCAGGCUGAUAGGGCUGUAUAGGAAGAUAGCUGCGUUGCGGUUUGGCUCUCCCAAUUUUACGGUGUGUUCAUAUAAUACUCCGAUGUACUUCACAGUUGUGAUAAAUUACUCUCAAUACAUGUGGUAUUGGUGAGUUUUAUGUUAUGUGGAUGGAAAGCAGUAGUAUUAGUUCGUAUGGGCGGGGUUGUUUGGGAGAAUGGAGUGUUUUCCUUGUUUUGGUGAUUUGGUCUUGUUAGUCGACCUUUGCCAUGUCGGGUGCGCUUGCUUGGCAGGUCAUCAAUCUUAAUAAAAGAUCUUUUUUGUGGUUUUGUUGGGAGAUGGCACGGGGUUUUUCCCGGCUCUCCCAACCGUGUGUGCGUGUGUUGUGUCUGUUUUUCUUUAUUUGUCUCCCUUUCCCUGCACCCCUUUGCGCUUGAAUCAUCAAACUCCACUGUUAUUGCACCAACAUCGAGCAAAGCCACUUCAAAUGAUUUCGUUGGACAACAUAUUUGGCCAAGAUCCAAUUUUGCCAAGGUAUAUUUAUCAAAUUCCAUAUUUAUCAAAAAUCCUUUCUAAUUACUCGUACUAUUUAGAUUGCAAUGUUAUCUGCGAAGGUUAAGGUGGUGUCAGUACUCUUCAUUAGUCCCUUGACAUCAAGGCUGUCUUACAGUUGCUGUCUUCGAAAUUUUUUGCAUGCACAGAGCUCUGCUUUUUGAAUCUUUCUAAAUUGGGAGUCCUACAAUCUUGUACGGAGUAUUGAGAAAUUCUGCUUAUUUAGAACUUAAUUUAUGUUCAGAAUGUCGAGCAUGUAGAACAUCUCUUCAUUGACUUACCCAUACAAAACAUUCAUUACGAACUUCAGGUUAAUUAUGUGGAAAGCUACAUACAGUUCCCUUCAUUGCAUUUAUAUUUAUCAAAAGAAUAGCUAAUUAUGUUCUUGAAUAAGCUACUCUGAUUAAGCAACUUCCAAGCAAUUUGUAGAGGGUAUUGCAAAAUAGAUGUGAUUACUACUUGCCAGCUGCACAGAUAGGUUAUAUAUUCCACUAGAUUGUCUGCUGUACCAAUCCUCGUUUAUGUUUACGUUGCACCAAUCCUCAUAUGUGGACACUGCACCAACCAGCAUAUAUUUGUACGUAGUUGCCCCAUACAGAUUAUAAUUUUUGAAAACCACAUUAUUUGGGGUUAUUUGGCAAUCAUGCCACCGUAAUCCUUGAAGUAAAUUCUAAGUUUAUUUAUUAUGCAUUCUGUUCAGGCAUCUUGAUGCUCAAUUUAAUUUAAACAAUCUAUUUCCAGCGAGCAAUUUUUUUUCUUUUUUAAUUCUGCUCUUUCUUGCUUGUGUUUGCAUUUUACAUUACUGUCUAUUGAGAACAACAGUAUUGAAUCGUGUUUGGAGUUAGUGUUGUAAUCGAAAUUAUAUCAUUCUCUUUGUACACUUUUGUAUUAGAAGUUCUUCUACAGGUUUUGUACAUUCUAGGUGCCAGACUGCUGAUACUCUACGCUCUGUGGGCAAGGUGCUGUUCUGAUUUCGAGGAUCUCAUCUGCACAAGUUUAACAGUUUAGCUGUUUGUUAGAUUUUCAUGGAUGGUUCGCCUAGCAAUGAGGCACUAUCAAAUAUGUAUUGCCAAAGCAAUCAAGAAUAGUUGAACUAUUGAUCGUUGAUGCUUGAUAUGUUUUGCCAAUGUCACAACUUCAAUGUUCAAUGUUGAAUACCUGUUGUCAGAGUGAGAUGUGCACCUAUUAAUAAUAUUUCCUUUAUUGAUUGUUUAUUGUGACUAUUUCCCAGUCUUACCUUUAUUUAUUUUUCAAUUUAGUAGUAUGAUUAAUAGAUUAGAAUUUGCUUAAGUUUUGUCCUUUUAAUUUGAAGUUCCUUUGUGUUACACUUCCUGGGAGUUAAAGAUGAUGCUUAUUGCAAUCAAUUUAGCUGAGACGCUGAGUUGCAAAACUUGCAAUGUGAGAUGAUUUUAGCCUGCAAUUUUUUUUUUUUGUUUUUGAGCUAGAGUAAAGUCUUUUUAUGAUGCUUAGUGGUUUCAUACUAUGUAUUAUGUGAGGUGCAUCAUGAUCUAUAAGCUCUAAAUGGAAAGAGCGCCCAAAUUAUGUUUGGGAGGUUGGUGGUUCGAAUCCAUCUAGAUCCGUUAUUUCAAUUUGUACAUUUGGUUAUAUAUGUGGAUCAUAGGAAUUAUGAAGUAAUAAACGAAGUGUUACGAUUUAUAAUUCGGUCUAAAAAGUUUAUCCCAAUAUAAUCCCCAAUACAACAGUAUUAUUAACUUAUACAAGCUUACACAUCAACUCACAAUAGCCACGAAUUGGUUAUUUAUCCUACUCCAUUUUGUUAUGUUUUUUGAUAUCCAACAUUCCUAAUUGACUAAGAGCCUGUUCUGAUUUACUGAAUUGAUUGGAGCUGAAAUUGAAGAAAACAGUACCUAAUUCACUUUGAUUUUUUUUUUUUUGAAACAUAAUUCACUUUGAUUUGGAUUGAACUUUCGAUUAAGACCAACUAUUUCAAAAAAGAAAAAAAAAAGAAAAAAAAAUCAAUUUAAGACCAACUAUUAAAAAAAGUCAACUUUAUCUUAAAAUUAAAAGAAAAGAAUGGGCUAAUGGUUGUAGGCCUUUUUAACUCAUAGUGUACUCCGUAUAUAUUCGGGCAACCCAAAGGCCUAAAGUAUUGCUACCGAUAAAUAACAAGGGCAUACAUUACAUAACAUUUUGUCCAGUUUUCAUUUAAUUCGCAAAUUUAAUUGGGCAGUAGUGUCUUCAAUUACGAUUUCUGGGGGUUAAUUUAAUUGAUUCAAAAGUACAAAUUUUGUUGAAAACAAAUUUUACAUACACGAAGAGCGAAAAUUCUGGAAAUGGACUGCACCAAUGAAGUUCUGGAAGAGCUGCUGAAUGUGGAAGCCGAGCUUCAAGAUGUUCAAGAUCAAAUAAAGCUACUGCUAGAUCAGCAAGAAAAUUUGUAUGCCAGACAAUCUGAACUAAAGGCACUCCUUGAAGAUUGUGAGGCAUCAGGUAGCCACCGUAACGAUGGUGCCUCAACUGCUCCAGAGGAUUGGUCAGGGUCUUUUGGUUGGGAUUCUGAGGCUGAGGAUCUCCGACUAAAAAUUUUUGGCAUUUCUUCAUAUCGUGCAAAUCAGCGGGAGAUAAUAAAUGCAGUCAUGAGUGGUAGAGAUGUGUUGGUGAUUAUGGCUGCAGGUGGUGGCAAAAGUUUCUGUUACCAGCUUCCAGCUGUACUUCGUGAUGGGGUUUGCCUUGUAGUCAGUCCUCUGCUUUCUUUAAUCCAAGAUCAGGUGAUGGGUCUGAUUGCUUUAGGUGUUCCAGCAUACAUGUUGACUUCAACUACUAGCAAGGAAGAUGAGAAGUUCAUAUACAAGGCCCUUGAAAAGAAUGAAGGAGACCUCAAGAUAUUGUAUGUCACACCAGAGAAGAUAUCUAAGAGUAAAAGAUUUAUGUCAAAGCUUGAAAAGUGCCACCAUGCUGGCCGUCUUUCGCUCAUAGCAAUAGAUGAGGCACAUUGCUGCAGUCAGUGGGGUCAUGAUUUCCGUCCUGACUACAAGAACCUUGGUAUUUUGAAGACUCAAUUUCCAACAGUUCCUGUUAUUGCUUUAACGGCAACUGCUACAAAGAAAGUCCAACUUGAUCUGAUGGAGAUGUUGCAUAUACAAAAAUGUGUAACAUUUAUUAGCAGUGUGAACAGGCCAAAUUUGUUUUAUAUGGUGAGGGAGAAGUCAUCAGUUGGAAAGGUGGUGGUUGAUGAAAUUGCUGAUUUUAUCAGUGGAUCAUAUCCAAAUAAUGAAUCAGGAAUAGUUUACUGCUUCUCUAGGAAAGAAUGUGAGCAGGUUGCAAAGGAAUUACGUGAAAAGAGAAUUAAAGCUGAUUUUUACCAUGCUGAUAUGGAAGUUAGAGACCGUGAAAAUGUUCACAUGCGGUGGAGCAAUGGCAAAUUACAGGUCAUUGUUGGGACAGUGGCAUUUGGCAUGGGAAUUAACAAACCUGAUGUCAGGUUUGUUAUUCAUCACAGUCUGAGCAAAUCUAUGGAGACAUAUUACCAGGAAAGUGGACGUGCUGGACGUGAUGGACUUCCGGCGGAAUGCCUUCUCUACUAUAGGCCUGCUGACAUGCCUAGGCAGAGUUCAAUGGUCUUCUAUGAGAACUCCGGUCUGCAGAAUCUCUAUGACAUAGUACGGUAUUGUCAGUCAAGGACUGGGUGCAGGCGAGCUGCAUUUUUCAAACAUUUUGCUGAACCACUGCUAGAUUGCAAUGGGAUGUGUGACAAUUGUGUAUCUUCUAGUGAGGUCAAAGAAAUUGAUGUCUCCUGUCAUGCAAAAGCUGUGAUUUCUUUGAUACAAAAUAUACAAGAAAAAGAUCAGAGAGUCACAAUGUUGCAAUUGGUUGACAAGAUGAAAGUAAAACAGAAAGACUUAGAUCCAGACCUGAAAAGAGAUCAUAUGGAGCAACUUAUCAUCCAACUAAUUAUAGAUUGUGUUUUGAAAGAAGAAUUUCAACACACAGCGUACACAACAAAUGCUUAUGUGACAUUAGGUCCAUUGGGAAAACAGGUCUUACAAGGAAUGAAAACUGUGAAGCUUCAAAUCUACUGUGUUAAGGAAAUUAAAGCUGGGGUUGUGAAGUCUGCUAAGCGUAAAUCAGCAUCAUCCAAUUUGGAAUUCAGGCUGGAUGAGCUGCGUAAGGAACUUGCUUCACUUCAUGGAGGAAUAUUCCCUCAUUCUAUUUUAUCUACUCAGCAGAUCAACGUGCUAGCUGCUGAAAAACCAGAUUCAAUAGAACAGUUGGAGAAGAUAAUCGGGAAGGUGAAAAGUGGAAAGUAUGGAAGUAGAAUUCUUGAAGAAAUUGCCCAUUGCUCCGCGUCAGGAAAUCCUGAUCCUGACAUCAAUGAAGAACAAGACGAUAAAACUUCAAAAAAGGCGAAGAAAAAAACUCCUGUUCUUAUAGAAUGCAGCGAAGAUGACGAAUAACAUAUAUAGUGAGUCACUAGGGCGGAUGAUGAGAAUUGAUCACAAGAUCUCUUGGAAUCAUGAGGGGAGAUAUUUCAUUUUGAUUUCGAUAUAUUAUACUAAGUAAUUGAUAAAUAAUAAGUAAUGUUAUUUAUUUAUUAUGAUAAAAUACCUUGUAUGUAAUUUAAUCUACUCUGUAAUAAGUUACUACGGAG